UCAUUAAGCAUAUAUUUUAUGAAUUAAUAUCAAAAGUAAUACACAAUAAGGUUACGAAUGCGCAACAAUAUUCAUAUUUAGUUACUAGGUUCAAGAAUUUUGAAUAGAGUCGAAACAUAAUGGUCGUUUACAGCACAAGCAGCUGUUCGCGACUCAUAAGAAGAUUACGGAUUCUUAUAUUAGGUUUCAAAGUAUGAAUUUAACGUGUUGUCCAAAAUGAAAUAGGUGAAUGAAGCUCAUACAUUUUAAGCAGUGAAUGUAUUUAAAAUAAUUAGAUAUUCAGGUCACAGAUUCUCAACUUAGUUUGUGAAGAUGAAUUGAAUAUCAUAGUUCUUUAUUUAUGCAUUGCAUAUCUGAACUACUGUACAACGUAUAUCUACCAUAAGUAUUAGCCUGCAAUUAGUAUUCCUGAGGGAAUCAUGAUACCAGUUAUUGGUUGAUGAAUACAUAUAAUAUUUUGAUUAAAUGACUAAUUCAAAUUAUAAGUACUUGGGCAAUAAAUUCCUUAAUUUUUAAGUACUAGAAAUAUUUGCACUCUGAAAAGAAAUCAGUAUCAUCCUGAUGAUUUCUACUGAACCUGACAAUUAGUCAUCAUACAUUUAGAACCUUUUGACAAUGGCUGAUAGGUAAAAUACAAAUAUGUGAUUCAGUGAUCAGUUGCACUUCACAGCCAAGGUAGUUAAUUUAUGGAUUUUGUAAAUUACAUGCACAUAUUUAAUUACAGAUUAAUUAGCGCUAACUAGUGAUGGCUCAAUACAUUCAAAUCCAUUUGCUGACCAGACUUUUAGAAGGAUACAUAUUUCAUUGUUAUUUUUGAUGUCGUUAUAAUCAGUGGUGCAUUUAACGGUUGGUGAAUAAAUAAAUCUUCAUCUAUAGUCUUGUUGUCUUUCUUACGUAGGCAUAUCAUUCUUGCUUCACUGUUUGAAGCAGCAGUUUUGCCGCAAUCACAACAGAUAGCAGUAUCAUCAUCUUAUGAAGUCAUUACAAAUAACAGGUUAAAUUGAAGAUAAUUGACGGCACAAAUAAUGGGCCUCAGUCAAUUCAAUAUGUCCGUGUCGACACAGAGAACAGAGAAGAAAAACCCUAAAGAAAAAACUAAUCAAGAUCUCAAAACCACCCAUGGAAGAAAACACAAACAACUGCGUGAUCAAUCUGUCAAAACAGUGUACAGUCCUUAUGAUAGAAAGUGAAACCCCAACUAGUCUCAUAAUGUCUAGCGAGAAGUACCAUCUUACACUGAAUCACACAUGAGUUGGUAAGCGAGAAUGUAUUUAUGCAUCAAACAGCGCAUUUCAGAUGAUAAUAUUGUGGUGUUUGCAUGAACUAAUGAUACCUUUGUACUUGUUGAAUGCUUGAUUUCGAAUUCCAAAUACAAUACAUUCGCUUGUGCAUGUGUCUCACUUCUUAAUUCAGUUACGUUAUUUCUGAGACUCUUAGUUCGUGCUAUAAUUCAAAACAUUAUACUGGCGUCGCGAUGGAGCCUGUAAUGGAAAAGUUAGAUAUUCAUUCAACUUCGGAAGCUUUUGAAGAUCACUUUGAAAGGUUCGAAAUCUGGGCUAUGUCCAAGGAAGAUGAUGAAGAUGUUAAUAUUGUGGCACACUUCCUCACAUUCAUUGGAAAAGAAGCAUACAGCUUAUUAAGAACUCUGGUUAUGCCGGAAAAGUCUAUCUCGCUUCCUCAUACAGCUCUCAAGUAACUGCUGCUAGACUAUGUUCAGUAUACAAAUUUCGAAUGUCGUAAAGGAGGAAGACUUCGUAAAAUGAUUCAUGAGGGUUUCAAAAAUUCCACUACAUUACGUCAUCCCAACCUAGUUCAUACUCAAGAUUAUGCAGACAAUUCAUUGAGGAGUUGCAAUGCAUUUCACGAAAAUGGGCACAAGUUUAGUCAGUGUUUGUCCUGUGUCAGGUCCCACUCUUUUAAUUCAUGUAAAUUUCGUAAUUCUAAGUGCUUUAAAUGUGCUGAUAUUGGACAUAUUCAGUCAGUCUGUAAUACUAAUGUUCAUCUUAUUGCAACUAAUAUUAAGAGUUGUAAUUCUGAUUCUACUGAGUCGAGUAUUUAUAAUGAUGAUUUAUCUUUAUCAACGAUUGCAAUAGACAAUGUAGAGUCACAAAGUAGUUCAGAGUUAAAUGAAAUCCAGAAUUGUUGCAAAACAACAGUUUCUAACCAAUCGAUUUAUCAGAUUUCUCAUGUUAUUGUACCAAAUAUGGCUUUUCCUAAUGAUUCAUAUAUUUCUGAUGACAUUUCUUACAAAUCUGAAGAAAAUAUGUUGAGUGAACAUAAUUAUGAUCGAAAACCUGAUGUAUUUUUGAUAGAUGCUGAUUUUUCUAAUGAUCCUUUAAUCUGCAAUGACAUUCUUAAUGAAUUCGAGGAAACUAUUCCAGAAGAGUCAAGUCUUGAUGUCAUACCAAAUAUUAUUUGUCCCCAUAAUUCAUUUGUUUCUUGUGGGAAGCUUGUUCAAUGCGAAGCACGAGUAUUAAAUGAGCUCCAUUCUGGUUACAAUUCAGAUUAUUUCACAUCAAUUGCUGUUAAUCCUUAUCACAAAUUCACUUCCAAUGUAUACUCCAAUCAAUGUGAGAAAUAUGUUCUAAACGAAGCCAUAUUAUUCAUAACUUGGGGAUAUAAAGAUCCAACAUUAUUUCGUGGGGGAGGAUAGUGUUCAAAUCCUAGAUAUUAAUGAUUUCAGUACAAGACCAACAUGCUGAUUGUAUACAAUUCCAGGUGAGUCUGUUCCGAUUUCGUUUGUUAAUUCCAAUACUAAUGAGCACAUUCUAGAUACUACAAAGUUUCUAUCCAAUACAAUGUCGGACAGACUCAGGAUGAACUUAAGAAGAAGACGUAAAACCGAUUACAAAUACUUUUACUCCUAUUUAAGCUGUGGCGGAUGUGGUGUUUGAAUGAACUAAUGAUACCUUUGUACUUGUUGAAUGCUUGAUUUCGAAUUCCAAAUACAAUACAUUCGUUUGUGCUUGUGUCUCACUUCUUAAUUCAAUUGCGUUAUUUCUGGGACUCUUAGUUCGUGCUAUAAUUCAAAACAUUAUAAAUAUUUAUCAUGCGACAGAGUGGAGUAAUCAUUUAUUACACUAAAAAUCAGUAGAUUGUUUUGAGGCAGUUGUAAUUCUAUUUUAUUAUCUGUGAUGAUAAAACUCUAUGUAUA